AUGGCGUUGGAGAGGCUGGCGGCGGUGUCGUUCUCGAGUAAAGUAUCUUUCUGCAUCCCAGUUAACCCUCUGGCCAGCGGGAACUCGACUGCUGAUUACAGAGGCUACGACCAGUACAAUCAGGCGGUUGUUGGGUACGAACGUCCGGCCGAGAUUCCGUGGAAUAAGGAGCUCGCCAACGGGGUGCAGCUCAUCGGCGUAGUGGGCGCUCCCGUCGAAAUCAAGAACCUAGCUUCCGGGAAGGUCGUUGCGUGGACGAGGCUCGGGUUCAAGAAGUCUGCCGCCGAUACCUGCUGGAUAAAUCUUACAUUCUGGGACGAAUUGGCGCAAACUGCGUUUCAGCAUGUGCAGAAAGGGAAUCAGAUUUAUGUGUCUGGUCGAUUGAUUUCAGACACCGUUGAGAAUGAGGACGGGAAGGUCCAGACAUACUACAAGGUAGUUGUCCAGCAGUUUAAUUUCAUCGAAAGAAAUGGAUCUUCUUCAUCAUCACCAUCAUCACCGUCAUACGAUGAAGAGUUUAACAUGAACGCUUCAGGUAGAAAGUUCAACAACAGCAACAACAACAAUACUUCAAACAUGGGUUCCAUAGAAGAGCAGUGGCAAGCAUUUUUCGCUAGCCCUUACGAGUGGUGGGAUAAUAGGAAGAACAAGAGAAACCCGAAGUAUCCAGAUUUCAAGCACAAAGAUACAGGGGAAUCAUUGUGGGUCGAAGGGAGGUAUAAUCCAUCAUGGGUGAAGUCUCAAUUGGCAAUAUUGGACGAGAAGAUGGGGUCUGUUCAGGAUGAGAAUGGCAGGAAGGAUCUGAGUCCCCUAGGGAGCGACGAAUUCCUGUCAUUUUGAUGGUUUUGCGUCCACCUUCCAUGGCAUCUGUGUCACACUCCUUUAACGGUUGAGUUGAUUGAAGUUAAUUUCAAAUGGAAGUUAUCUGGCGUUAGUUUGUACAUUCUCUACUGUAGUUACUCCAUGACCCUUCCAUAUGGAAGGUUUUUUGGAGCUCUGACCUUGUGUGCUUGUCCUUCUUUGGUUAAGUUUUGUCACCUGUAUGCUGCUCGUUGGUUUUGGGGCUCUAUGGUGCCAUAAGGCAAAUUUUUGUAUUGCAUCGCUUAUGGAUAUGGAAUGGAUGCACUGAUCAUGUAGUAUUGCUAUCCUUGAUAACGUAUGUCGCGGAAGCCACUGGGUUAGCUUAUUACCGCUGGUUUCUGAUGAUGACUUUAAUAUUGCUCUGCCGUUAUCAUUAGUUGGUAACGCAUGAAGGGUAAGAGGUGACCUCCACCGUCACAGCUUUCUUGAUUUUAUAAAUUCUUGUUUUCCUAUGAGAAAA